AUGAGCAGCGGCUACAGCAGCCUGGAGGAGGAGGAGAGCGAGGAGUUCUUCUUCACCGCCCGCACCUCCUUCUUCGGCAGGCCGCAGGGCAAAGCCCGGCCCGGCCCGCAAGAUGAUCAGAAAGAAAGAGAAACCCUCAUUUAUCUCAGUAAAGAAGAAGUUAAAGAGAAGAUUCAAAACUAUAAUUCAUCUGUUACUGACAAACUGAAGAUGACCUUGAACUCUAAUGGGAUUUACACUGGCUUCAUCAAAGUUCAGAUGGACCUAUGCAGACCUAUCACUGUACCAGCUUCCAUGAAUCCAGGAAAACAUGCCCACAAUAACAACGAGACUGCUUUUCACUUGUCUGAGGGCUACGUGAAUACACUGCACAUCAGCAGCAUUAAUACUGUUCGUGAAGUUAUUGAGGCCUUGCUCAAAAAGUUUUUAGUGACUGAUAAUCCUGCCAAGUUUGCACUUUAUAAACGCUGUCACAAAGAAGAUCAAGUGUAUAUGUGCAAACUCUCAGACAGAGAACAUCCUCUUUAUCUACGUUUGGUGGCAGGCCCCAGAACAGAAAUGCUCAGUUUUGUUCUGCGUGAGCAUGAAACUGGAGAGGUUAUGUGGGAAGCCUUUAGCAUUCCUGAACUGCAGAACUUUUUACGUAUACUGGACAAAGAGGAAGAUGAACAACUACAAAUGUUAAAGAAGCGUUAUGCAGCUUACAGAGACAAACUUGAAGCAGCCCUUGGUGGUGUGUGGAAACCAGGUUAAAGUGGGGCCACAGGACACUCAGGAAAAAUGCACGCUACCUGAUGUUAUGUAGCAUGCCAAACCAAAUGUACAAAACAGCAGAAAAGAAUAGUUUUCUUUAUUCAGAAGACUGUUCUGUGAUGCCGGGGUACCUGAACUUUCCUAUAGACUUUGUCCCAUAAGUCAGGUCACUUAGCAUCUUGCACCCACAAGUUAGGGAUACUGCAUGUUUGUACAUCAAUUUGCAGCCCUCUGCUGCACCUAGAGGGCUUUCCAGGUUUCUUUGGUGCAAGCUGUGAAUUUGUAAUGCAAGUCAGUUUUCUAGGAGACUAUGAAAUAAGAUUUUUUUUAAACAUUUUUUUUUUUAAUUCUUUGCUUUAAUGUUAGUGAAAACUUUAAAAGUAAGGGUGUGCAAAUUGAUCGCUAAAAGUUAUGAAGCAGCUUAGCUGUCUGAACAAGAAUUAGAUUGGGGCACUGUUUGAGAUUUUAAAAUUGAUUUGCACUACCUUUUCUGUUUUCAACUAUUUUUACUGUAUAAUUUGUGAGAAAACAGUGAUAGAUGGAAUGGACACAAAACCUUGAGGUUUUGCAGCAUUUGCAGAUCUUAAAGUCCUUUUUCUGAAGAACGUAAAGAGCAAGUUGAAAAGCAGGUAAAAGUUGAGAGGUUGCAACAGCUGGUAAGGAAGAAUUAAUGUAAAGUGAAAUACAAAUAUUAUUGAAAAGAAGAUGGAAAUGCUUUUGGUAGUGUAUAGUUGUACAAGAAGAAGGUUUUAGGAUGUUGUGCUAUUGUAAAUAAGUUUUUAGAAUUGAGCACAUUCACACUGGAAAAGAAAUAAGUAUAAUUAACACCCAGAAGGAAGGAAGCCAAAUAUUAGUGGAAAUUGAGCUGUAUAUAUAAGCACAGUUAUUACAGAAACUAAAUGUGUGAAGGUAUGUGUGGUUUAAUACAUGCAGCAAAUGUAGUAAGACCUGUUUUAUGGAUUUUGGAAUGGCGGGUAGUGAGGAUAUCUUCGUUUUUAUGGAAGUUGCAUAUCCAGCAAGCUGGUCAUGGAAUGUUUUAGGGUUUUAGAAAUACAGCUGCAUGUGCAUUGGUUAAACUGUAAGUUGGUUUUUUCAGCUGAGGACAGAUCCACUUUCAGGACAGUUUCAAAUUAUUGUAUCUGAAAGUCGAGCACAGCUUCUGCUUAUCUGUUAAUUAAACUGUCCGUCAGACAAAAAUGGAAUUUCUAAUUUGUAUUUUCAAGAUGUCAGAGAAUUAUAUGUCGGUAUAUCAGUUAUGUUAGUCAUUCUGGCUUGGUAAUUUGACAGUUUUAAUUUUUCAAGUUAUUAAAUGAUCAAACAGUUAAUUACCAAAUUCUGUACACUGCUGAUUUACUUGAUUUUUAAAGUAAGAAAAAUGUAGCAAGAGAAUUUUUGUACUUUACUGUAAAUGUAAUUGUUAUACUUUCAGAAAUAUUUAUCUAAAGCACAUUCAGAAAAACCAAAGAAAUAGGUGUGCAAUAAGCAUGAAGCAGAUUUGAAGAACUGAUAGGAUUUAGUUAUAACCACAUGGUGGGGAAAACUAAUGAGUUAAAGAGGUAAGAGAUAGAAAAUAGUGCUAACAUUCAAGAGCAUCACUAGCUUCUCUCUUUAUUCUAAAGAGUUUGUGAAUUCCCAAGGAAUAUUCAACACUUCAGUGACACCUAAUGGAUGCUUGGUAAAACUCCAAGAUGCUUCUGUUCUGUACCUUAAUUUGACACAUUUGUGCCUUUUUAUUCAUUUAGUAGUGGGCAUCUUUUUUGACAAAUCUUAAGAACUUUUUUGAGUAUUUGCAAAUUUACCAAGAUAACAGUUGUUUUAAUGUGUUAUGAGAAACUAAAAGUAGGACUUAACUAUAAAAAUAUAUAUGACAUAUUUUGUGGGGCUUUUUAAUUUCACAUGUAACUUCGUAGUGCAUGUGUGAAUUUAGUAACAUUAUCAUCAAAGUGCGACACUUUAUUAUAAUGGUUCAGGGAGUGAUUUUACAUUUUUCCUAGAAAUAUUUUUUAAUGAAUACUAAAGUGAUUUGUUGGGUAUUUAGUUAACAUCUACUAUAUUUAUGUAGUGUAACCCAUAACAAUGUAAUCUUUACAUAAUAGCUGUUAACACUGAACCAUUUGUUGCUCAGAUUUAAACACUGAGUGGAAAAAGUUUAUAGAUAUGUGAAUUUUAUUUUUACUUGAACUAAAUUAUCAUUCUUUAAAGUGUGAAUCUUACUUUAGCCAAAAACCUCAAUUGGUAUUUUAUGCACUACAAGUUUUGAUUUGGAAAAAGAAAAUCUUAAUGUAUUUUAAUUUUGUCUUAGUCCACAGUUAAUUGUUGCAAGACUGUUUGUUUGGGUUUUUUUGCCUUUUUUUAACACACUGGUGAUUACAGCAGCUUUAAUUUAAAAUAAAUGGUCAAACCUGGCUCAAACUUUAUUCUUUAUAAUGUUAGUAUCAAAUUAAUGUUAAAGCUUUGUUGCAGAAUUGUCUUCUAUUCAUUAUGUGAUGGUACCAGAAUGAUGAUUAAAUGACAUGUGCAAAGCCAGGAAAUGUUUAAAAAUGUCUUUAAAAAAUGAAUACUAUUUAUAAUUUUGAUAAGUUUAGCUUUAUUUUUAUAGGGAAGAUUUUUAUUCCCUUUAAAGUUGUUACCAAAAUAGCAAGUGAUGUUUCCAUUAUUAAAGUUGAAGUUGGAGUA